AUGGCAGCCGUCCAACCCAACAUGAUCACCCAGUUCACCUCUAAUCACUCUGCGGGGCCUCUCAAACACAUCGGCGAGGGCGCAUGCGGCUCGGUCUGGUGCGCCUCCUCCAAAUCCUCCCCAUACAGCGCCAACACGCCCCUCGUCCUGAAGCGCGAGGACAUGUCCAACGUGCGCUCGAUCACCCACGAGGCCGAAAUACACCACCACAUCCUCCAAGCCCUCGCCAACCCCCGCGUAGCCACCACCCUCACUACCUUCCGCGUCAACGUGCCCCUCUCUCACGGCCUCCUCCACCACACCAACUCCGCAGCCUGGUCCCAGAUCCUGCCGAGACUGCCUGCAGGCUACACAGCCUGCAGCGCCCUUGUCAGCGAGAAAGUCCACCCCUUCCCCUUCCGCGUGCGCAAGCUCCUGCUCGAGCAGUUGACAGCGUGUGAGGACCCGCAGAAGGUUGCGCAGGGGCAUAUGAAUACGCACUGCCUGAUCAGAGCGUACCUGGGCAAAAGGAUAAACAGCCGGGUGGAGGAGGACGCGAGGCCUGCGCAUUUGAAGAAGCUCCGGCCUUACAUCUUGAGGAACUUUCCCCUCUGCGUCGACCAGAUGGAGGACCUGGAGCUCAAUGUGGACGGAUACGCGCUCGCCAUGGCUGAUGCGCUUGCGUUUAUGCACUGGACGGCCAAGGUGGAUGCGAAUGAUGUCGAGUUCGUCCUGGGGCAGCGCCGAAGCGACAAGACUCGACAAACGCUACCGUGCAUCGGGAAGAAGGACUUUGAGUCCGCGGCGCUGGGGCCGCAUGCUUUGUGGGUGCUGGAUUUCGACUGCUGUCGGAAGAUGAGCAUGGACGAGGAGGGGAUCAAGACUGCGUGUAAGAGUUUCUGGAGGAAUGAUCAAUACUACCCGAGACCUGGCAGCAACAACCCCUCUGAUCAAAGACUUUGGGCAGUUUUCAGGGAGCAGUUCCUCAAGACGAGCGAUGGGUUGCUGGAGGGCGAGAACGAAGGGGUCAAGAAGCUGCCUGUUAUGCUUAUGGACAUGAUUAAGGAGACUAAGGGGAGGUCUCUCAGGGGAGCCUUAGUGUCGGACGAUCGCAUUGAGGGGCAGAAGUGA